CCUGACGCCCGGGCAUUUGCUACGCCUGGGAGUCAGCUAUGCUGUCCGAUGGGGAGAAGACAUGAGUCAGGUCUCGCGCAAUUUCCUCCUCACUCCCCUCGACAUUCACCUCACCAACCCCGAGCUUGUGGCCCCCGUUCAGCUCUCGUACAAGAUCAAUACGGGGCAGGAUAAUGUUCAGAUCAGCUUGUCGUUUGUGCCGCGUCGGACGAUUGCAGGAGGAGAGAACGUCACCAUCUCUCUCCCUGACUUCGCGGGCUCUUCAUGGUCAGGGCUGGUCUCUGAGGGCUGUGCUUCGACUACCCCUGUCUCCCUCUACGCUUUCUGUGAUCCUGCCCUCAACCGCCCCAGCCAGCCUUGCGGCCCGGGCCUGUCGGGCCUCUGCGCGUAUGACGGGAACGGGAGGCUAUACUGCUCGAUGCCGCAGUGCGUGGGGACGGGGGCGCAUCCGUGGAUCGAUCGGGCGACGUGGAUCAGCAGCAUGCAGCAGCUGGUGCUGACGAUGAAGCGAACGAUGGCAGGGCAGCUGGUCCAGCUCGUGGUGCCGCAGAGCUCGGGGCUGAGAAAGAUGAAGGAGGUGAAGGCGCCGCUCGAGUACGUGGCGUCGUUGCCUGUGCAGGAGAAAAUUUAUAACCCUGUGAGCGAAUCGAUGGAGCAGAACAACCUCUGCGUAAUCCUCCCGCUAUGUCAGGACGGGUUGACUUGUUUAUUCGGGACAGACUGCAAGAUACAGCCAAGCACGUGGGCAUGAGCUCUAAAUUAUCGAGAAGGAGAGGGAGGAGAAUCUUACAAUACAGGC